GACAAGGUUCUUGCCGGUGAGGACAAACUUCUUGGCGGUGAGGAAAAGGUUCCUGGUGGUGAGGACAAGGUUCCUGGCAGUGAGAACAAGGUUCCUGGCGGUGAGGACAAGGUUCCUGGCGGUGAGGAGAAGGUUCCUGGCGAUGAGGACAAUGUUCCUGACGGUGAGGACAAUGUUCCUGACGGUGACGACAAGGUUCUUGCCGAUGAGGACAAGCUUCCUGGCAGUGAGGACAAGGUUCUUGGCGGUGAGGACAAGGUUCCUGGCGGUGAGGACAAGGUUCCUCGCGGUGAGGACAAUGUUCCAGGCGGUGAAGACAAAGUUCCUGGCGCUGAAGACAAGGUUCCUGGCGGUGAGGACAAGGUUCCUGGCGCUGAGGACAAGGUUCCUGGCGCUGAGGACAAGGUUCCUGCCGCUGAGGACAAGGUUCCUGGCGCUCACGACAAGGUUCCUGGCGAUGAAGACAAGGUUCCUGGCGGUGAGGACAAGGUUCCUGGUGGUGAGGACAAG